UCGAUCGAUAUUCAAAACCGAAAGAAAAUGGACAAAAUUGAACACCACACUGUCACCAAGCAUUUUCAACUCGAACAGCCAUCCAUGCGGACAUAGUGUCAACUUUAGGGGAUGCUGUUCCUUCCUUUGCCACUGUUAAGAGGUGGGCAGCGGAGUUCAAGAGGGGAAGAGAGCCUCGAAGAUGAUCCUAGAUCAGAAAAUCUUCAAUUGCCAAGACUAUGGAAAAUGUUGAUAAAAUACAUGGUGUGAUUAUUGAUGAUCAACGAGUCGCCACACGUCAUAUAACCAAUAUACUAGGCAUCUAUUAUGAUAGAGUUCAGGCGAUGCUGAGGAAUGAACUGGACAUAACAAAGGUUUCGGUAAGCUGGGUUCGAAGGUUCCUGAUUACUGAUCCGAAAGGAUCCAGGUUUGAUUUCUCUAAUGAGAAUUUACGUCGUUUUGAAGCGGAUUCAGCUGAUGUUGAGCGAUUUGCAAUCAUGGAUGAGUUUUGGGUUCACCAUCAUCAACCCGAGACUAAACAACAGUCAAAACAGUGGAAGCAUCUAACGUCUUCUCCUCCAAAGAAGGUAAAGCCUGUUCCAUCAGCUGGCAAGGUGAUUGCUUUGGUUUUCUGGGAUUGCAAAGGAAUCCCAAUGGAGACGAAUGGCCAGAUCAUUAAUGACCAAUACGUUUCUAAUCUGCCCAGACUACUGCGUGAGAAUAUUGAGACUAACCAUCGUAGAAAACGUAUUAAAUGUGUGUUGUUCCACCUGGACAAUGCAUCUGUGCACAAAUAUGUUGUCAUCAUAGCUGCAAUGCAUGGCUAUGGCUUUGAACAACCGUAAAUAUUUUACCACAUCCCAUACUUGAAGAAAGCUGUUUAGCAAGCAUUAUACAAAUGUUGGUGAUGUUGUUUCUGCUGUGGAGGACGUUUUACACAACCAGGAGGAAGCCUUCUACGCCAGUGGGAUCCAGGUACUCCAGCAGUUUCUGCUGUGGUGGACGUUUUACACAACCAGGAGGAAGCCUUCUACGCCAGUUGGAUCCAGACACUGCAGCAGUUUCUGCUGUGGAGGACGUUUUACACAACCAGGAGGAAGCCUUCUACGCCAGUGGGAUCCAGACAAUCCAGCAGUUUCUGCUGUGGAGGACGUUUUACACAACCAAGAGGAAGCCGCCUACGCCAGUAGGAUCCAGGUAGUCGUUGGCAGUAGUAUGUGGACCUCGGAGGGGAUUACGUUGAAUAAUAAUUACAAACCAAAUCUGCCAACGCAGUCCAUUAAAUUUAGGCUCAGAACUUUUCAGCCAACCCUCGAUGCACCAAUUAAGUUGCACUGUGCGUAUCUCGAUCAGUAAUCGUGGCCGUGCUAUAGGACCACUGACAACAUAUUUUAUUUUAUUUAUAAUAUACUUGUCCCAGUUUGGGAAAAAUACGCCUAGCGUUUCUAAUAUUAUCUGUAUUAUUUUAAAUAUUACCAAUAUUGUUCUACUGAAAAUAUUUCCUCUACAUUGGCCUUUUAUAUAUAGUAACUUAAAAAUCAACAGCAUGCAUCCUCUUUGCAUGAAUUGACAUCAAAUAGCCAAUGUAUUUUUGUGCUGGGGUGUUGUUAAACAUUCAUUCAUUCAUUCGUUUGUUCAUCUUUGCAUAAAAUUCGUCUGGUAGAAAUGUGACCAAACUGCAUCAUGAUGAAGACCAAUAGUUGGUAAUGCGUGACACAGAAUGCUAUUUAAUGGAGGUGGGGAGCCGAGAUCGUCAGUCAUGCUGGUGUUGCCUGCAGGAAGAUACAUAUUCAUUAAACGUAGAUCGUAAUUAAUAUGUAACAGAUCAAAACUAUCACAUUACAGUCGUUGUGCACUAUUUCCCUUCGCUUUGGCUAACAGGAGAAUACUCGAAUUUACAAGAGGGGAUGUUUUAAAAUAUUAAAUCAGACUGG